AUGGGAUCACUGGUUCAAAAGGACUUUGAUGACCUUUUCAAAAUUAGAGUCGGAACCCACACGUGGUGUGAUAGAGGUCAUAUUGAUAAUACAUCUAUUGCUUCAAAUUUGCAUCUAAGGCUUGCUUUCCCCCAGAAUCAUGACAGUGCAACUCUACAGCGUGCAGUCAAUGAACAUUUCGAGGUCAAGUUGCUGGAGGAAUGCUCUAGAUGCAAGAAGCUGAAUUAUCAAUCAGAAUUUCUUGAAAAUGCACCCGAGGUCCUUCAGGUCCAACUGAACCGUAUUGAUUUGGUCGGUGGCAAGCUCAUAAAGAUCAAGGACAAGAUCAGGUUCAAGGAGACGCUCAGAUUCAAAGCCAAAAAUUUCCUCCCUCCACUAAGCAACACCCCCGGGGAGGAGCUUCAUUACGGGCUGUCCUCUGUGCAAAUUCACAAUGGUGAGAGCACGGAUGUGGGACACUAUUAUAUUGGUGUCAAGACUAAGGAUAAAACAUGGACCGUGGUCAAUGAUGAAAGCCUUUCGCGUUUCGAUACCUUCGAGGACAUGAUGACUGAUCAGCUCUCGAGAAUUCAACAGCAAGCCUAUAUCUUUACAUACCGCCGACUACCAACCAACCCAGCUUUGGGUGAGGCCACGGUCAUCAGGACUGCAGCUUCGACCCCGAGCAGAGUAGGCUCUGCGAACCAUGCGUCGAUCUCUGAAUAUCCUAGAACCCCCUCUCCUAAUUUAAGGAGGAAGCCAACUGUGGAUGUCAAUCAAAUCUUCGAUAUGUUAGGGGUGGCGGAUCAUGAAAGUAGCAAACAUGGCAGUGUUGUUGUCAGUAGGGUCAGUGACGACAAUGAUGUCAAUGGCGACCAUGGCGAUGAUAGCAACAGUAACAAGCAUGGUGAUGUUAUCGUCAGGAACGCCAUUGACGACAAGCUUGGUGAUAAUGAUAGUGGAGCUGGUAAGGACAAGGACAAGAGCAGGGGCAAAGGCACUAGGACUUCGAUCCAAUCAAUUCGAGAUAAAAUGCCCAGAGGUAAAGGCAAAAAUAAAGGUACUAAGAAUAGUAAGCCUUCCAGCGGUGCAGCCAAGGGUGAAGUUCCCUUUACUGGGGGUAAAGGUGUCAAAGGCUCAAGAGUUACCAAAACCACGAAACCCAACCCUGGAGUAGAUCCCAUAGAAUUAGCGAGCAGCCGGAGGCUUGUUUUCAACAAGUACAAUAUGAAGGAGGGGGAGAGCAAAAAGAAGGAGAGAGAAAUGGAGUUGGAGAAUAUGAUAGUGGAGGGGGAGCCAUGGGAGACUGAGGUGAGAAAGCGGAAGCCGAUAGAGGAAGGGGAGGAGGAAGAUCCGAUGGAAACUGAUUGA